AUGCUGAACAUCUGCCUCGUUGGAUCUGGGGGCGUCGGCACCAUUGCAGCCCUGGUGCUGGAACAGUCUCGACAGGCUCGCGUCACGGCCGUGCUGCGCUCCAAAUAUGCCAUUGUCAGCGAGAAAGGCGUUGAUAUCACCUCUGUCGACCACGGUGAGGUCACGGCCUGGAAGCCGUAUAGAAUCGUGCCCUCCAUCGCGUCCGCCAUCCCCGACGACCAGAAUGGUGCUUAUGACUUCCUUGUUAUUGCCGUGAAGGCACUACCGGAGCUGAUGCGCUCCCUGACAAAGGAUAUAUCACCCCUCAUCACCCCCCGCAAGACUGCUAUCCUCCUCCUCCAGAACGGCCUGGGCAUCGAAGCCCCCCUCUCGGAACAGUUUCCCUCAAACCCCAUCUUAUCCGGCGUGAGCAUGAUCGGCUCCCGCUUCACGUCCGCACGAACCGUCUACCACGAGGACCCGGACGAGCUCAAAAUAGGCGCGUACUUCCACCACGAGUCCUCCCUCCCGCGAGAAGAGCAGGCCCGUGCAGCCCGUUGCUUCGUGGAAGCCUACUCGGCUGGCCUCGCCGACGCCACGGCCAAGGGCACAGGUGCCUCCUGUAUUCUGGUCGAUGAUAUUGUCGCAGCGCGCUGGCGCAAGUUGCUGUGGAACGGUACGUUUAACACACUGUGUACGCUUCUGCGGAUUUCAGUGGGCGAGUUAAUACGCAGUCCUGGGAGGGAUACGUUACUUAAACCGGCGAUGCGGGAAAUGGUCGCCAUUGCGAAGGCGGCCGGGUACGGGCAUGUCGUGGAUGAGGCUGUCGUGAAGCAGACAUUGGAGGGAACACCGGGGACAAGCGCGUUCAGACCGAGUAUGUUAGUUGAUCUGGAGAAUGGGCGGCCGAUUGAGCUGGAGGUUAUUCUGGGUGCGCCGUUGAGCGUGGGGAGGAAACUGGGCGUGUCUACGCCGGUGCUGGAUCAGGUGUAUGCUCUGUUAUGUGUAGUGCAGUGGACUCUUACACGAGGGCCAUAG